AGGGGCCCUGGCGGCGAGGUGGAGCCGCGGGCACCAGCCGCUCCCCCGCCCUGCGCCGCCCCUCCCCCGCCUCCUCCCGGUCCUGUCUCCAGCGGGAGCGCGAGACGCUGGUCAGGCUCCGGCGCAGCUCGAAAAUGAACAAUCGCCGCGGGCGGACCUAGACGCCGCCGCCGGUCCGCGCGCGGGGUCGCGGGCGUGCUCCGUCCUCCCCCCCCUCCUCCCCCGAAAAGAGCAUCGCAACAAAAAGCCAGCCAGCCAACCAAGACUCCGGUUUGUUGAUCGCCUUGUUUUGGUUUUUUUUUUUUUUUUUUUUUCUUUCACCGCUUGCGGGAUUCGCAAACCGCGUUACAUGCAUGUCCAGUGGGGGUAGGUUUAAUUUUGACGAUGGAGGGUCCUACUGCGGAGGCUGGGAGGACGGCAAGGCGCACGGCCAUGGCGUCUGCACCGGCCCGAAGGGCCAGGGCGAAUACACCGGCUCGUGGAGCCACGGCUUUGAGGUGCUGGGCGUCUACACCUGGCCCAGCGGCAACACGUACCAAGGCACCUGGGCGCAGGGCAAGCGCCACGGCAUCGGCCUGGAGAGCAAGGGGAAGUGGGUGUACAAGGGCGAGUGGACGCACGGAUUUAAGGGGCGCUACGGUGUGCGGGAGUGCACGGGCAACGGGGCCAAAUACGAAGGGACCUGGAGCAACGGACUGCAGGAUGGCUACGGCACGGAGACCUACUCGGAUGGAGGGACGUACCAGGGCCAGUGGGUUGGUGGCAUGCGCCAGGGCUACGGUGUGCGGCAGAGUGUCCCCUAUGGCAUGGCCGCAGUCAUCCGCUCACCCCUGAGGACGUCCAUCAACUCCCUGCGCAGCGAGCACACCAACGGGGCAGCGCUGCACCCGGACGCCUCCCCGGCAGUGGCCGGCAGUCCAGCUGUGUCCCGCGGUGGCUUCGUGCUGGUGGCCCACAGUGACUCCGAGAUCCUGAAGAGCAAGAAGAAGGGGCUGUUCCGGCGCUCGCUGCUGAGCGGCCUGAAGCUGCGCAAGUCUGAAUCCAAGAGCAGCCUGGCCAGCCAGCGAAGCAAGCAGAGCUCCUUCCGCAGCGAGGCGGGCAUGAGCACCGUGAGCUCCACGGCCAGCGACAUCCACUCCACCAUCAGCCUGGGUGAGGCCGAGGCCGAGCUGGCUGUCAUCGAGGACGACAUCGACGCCACCACCACUGAGACCUAUGUGGGUGAGUGGAAGAACGACAAACGCUCGGGCUUCGGCGUGAGCCAGCGCUCGGACGGGCUCAAGUACGAGGGAGAGUGGGUUAGCAACCGGCGCCAUGGCUACGGGUGCAUGACCUUCCCCGACGGCACCAAGGAGGAGGGGAAGUACAAGCAGAAUGUGCUCGUGAGUGGCAAGCGGAAGAACCUCAUCCCACUGCGUGCCAGCAAGAUCCGGGAGAAGGUGGACCGGGCCGUGGAGGCAGCCGAGCGGGCAGCCACCAUCGCCAAGCAGAAGGCCGAGAUCGCUGCGUCCAGGACCUCCCACUCACGGGCCAAAGCUGAGGCAGCACUCACAGCCGCUCAAAAAGCCCAGGAGGAAGCGCGGAUCGCCAGGAUCACUGCCAAAGAGUUCUCGCCUUCCUUCCAGCACAGGGAAAACGGGCUUGAGUACCAGAGGCCAAAGCACCAGAUGUCCUGUGAUGACAUCGAGGUGCUCUCCACCGGGACACCCCUGCAGCAGGAGAGCCCUGAGCUGUACCGCAAGGGCACCACCCCUUCUGACCUGACCCCCGACGACAGCCCCCUGCAGAGCUUCCCCACCAGCCCCACGGCCACCCCUCCGCCAGCUCCUGCCUCCAGGAACAAGAUGGCGCACUUCUCCAGGCAGGUCUCAGUGGAUGAGGAGCGAAGCGGGGACAUCCAGAUGCUCCUUGAGGGCCGCGGAGGAGACUAUGCCCGCAACAGCUGGGACGAGGAGAAGGCUGGGGCCUCUAGGGGUGUCCGCAGUGGUGCCCUGCGCAGCGGCCAGCCCACUGAGGAUUUCCGCACCCGGGGCUCGGGCCACAAGCAGCCUGGGAACCCCAAGCCCCGGGAGCGGCGGACGGAGUCCCCCACCACUUUCUCGUGGACUUCUCACCACCGGGCAGGCAAUCCCUGUUCUGGGGGCCCCAAGCUGUCAGAGCCAGAUGAGGAGCAGCUGAGCAACUACAAGCUGGAGAUGAAGCCCUUGCUAAGGAUGGAUGCCUGUCCGCAGGACACGUACCCCCAGAGACGGCGUCACAGUCGGGGUGCUGGGGGAGACCGGCGCUCUGAGGACCGGGGCUUUGGGCUGCAGAGACUGAGGUCCAAGUCCCAGAAUAAGGAGAACCUCAGGCCAGCCUCCUCUGCAGAGCCCACGGUGCAGAAACUAGAGAGCCUGCGGCUGGGGGACCGGCCCGAGCCCCGUCUGCUGCGUUGGGACUUGACCUUCUCCCCACCCCAGAAGUCCCUGCCUGUUGCACUCGAGUCUGACGAGGAGACUGGGGAUGAGCUCAAGUCCAGUACGGGCUCAGCUCCCAUCUUGGUCGUCAUGGUGAUCCUGCUCAACAUUGGAGUCGCCAUUUUGUUUAUUAACUUUUUCAUCUGACAAGAUUGUUGUGACCACGGAAGCGAUGAUGUACAAAAGGGACGUUAAAAGCAAAACAAAAGGGGGAAUCCUGACUCGGACAGCCCCACGACUCCUGUCUUUCCACGGAAGAACAACAUGAUUGGGUAUCACUCACAGUUUGCCUUUUUUUCUGGGUAAUGUUUUUUGGAUUUUAGCCAAAAUUCUUUGCUUGUAUAACACGAUGCUGUGUGGCAUGGCAGGAGGAGGCCGGCAUGCCACCCCUCCAGCUUGGUAUGAGAGGGUCCCGGCAAACCAGCGGCCAAAAGAUCGGGAUCUUCUUCGUGUUUCCUGCCGGGUGUGGAAGGUGGCAAGCGAGAGGAGGCACCUUCCCAAGGGUGCCCGUCUAGCCGGGGGAGGGGGAGGGCAGCUGGGGAGCGCAGCUGGGGAGGGCAUGGCUCUGCCCUCCUGUCUGGAGUAGCUGCUGGGAGUGUGGGCCCAGGCCCAGGCCCAGGGACAGGGACAGGGCAUCCUGGCCUGUCUCCAUGGAGUCUGUGCUGCGUACCUGUGGAGGGAGAGGGAAGCCCCUGCUCUUCUUCCCAGAACAGACCAUGAUCCCUCUUCUCGGCACUGCCCCACGGCCCUCCUAAGGAGGCUGCCUCCCCACACUGAGUCUUACGGCCAAGUCUGUUCCCCUGCUGUCCUCUGCUCACUCAUUGUUGGCCCUGUCCAGCCACCCUCCCUCCAGACCCAGGGAGGCCAUGCUGCAGACGUCCAGGGCUAACCCCGAUCUGGCCAGGCACAUCUGAGCCCUGAUGCCAAGGGGCUAUGGCCCACAUGCCCCGGACAGCCUGACAGCACGCCUGGGCUGAGCAUGUGGCGAUUUGCACCUAGUAUGCAGGAUGUAUAUUCAGGCUUCCGUGUCCCUGGCAGUGACGCCCCAUGGAGGACGUCACCUCUCACUGACCUCCACGGGGUCUCACAUCUUUGCACUGUGCCUGCCUCGACUACCCCUAACAGAUAUGCAUAUUCCCUCCAGAUGCCUCAGUGCUACUCCAGAGAGAGUCUGGUCCCGGGACAGGAAUGUGGUUGAAGCCAGUGGCUUGAAAGUCCUGGAGACUGUUGCAUACCCAGCACUCCCCGGAUGUACAAUGUAACUUGUUUCAGUCAAACAACAGGUUCCUCAUGUCUCUGCCUUCUCUACCAGGGUUGUUCCCUCAUCCAAACAAACGAACAAGGGAUGCCAGCUCGACUGGUACCCAUGGCUCCGUCAGUCUUCUUGGGUGCAGCCCAUCUGUCUUAUGGACUCUGCCUUGCUUUGCUCGUGUUCAGCUGUUCUCUGCUACCUUUCGAGCAGAUUUCUUUACUACAGUGCACUGGAUUGCUAUAUUUUUAACCAGAAAUAAACUACAGAUUAGAGCAUGUUCCAGCGACACUCAGCUUUAUUGUUUCCGUUAUCCACCCUGUUCCCUAUCCACUGCCUGUCCCUUCUCCCAGGCUGGUUUGGAUCAGGGGUCGAGGUGGGGGAGAGGCUCAGCAGGUACCCUGAUGCAUUUCUGGUGUUUCUAAAGGGUUCUUCCAUCUUUUUGUACAGCUUACUUUUCCAUUCACUUUUUUUAGUAUCAGGUUGCUGCAGAUCUGGCGUGAACCAAAUAAAUGAUUCCUGCUCUUUGCAGCCAUGAGAGCUGUCCAUACGGGGCUAUGUGAGUUGUAAUUCUGUCUGCAGAGAUGAGGGGCUCAGUGUGCAUCCCAGGAGCUGCAUGACCCAGAAGGGUGCUGACUCAUGGAGGUGGCACAUUUACUCACGUUACCUUGACAUAUGCACAAAGCACAGCCCAAAACGUGCCUAAGAGGCUCUCACAGGGGACAGCCCUCAUCCACUCAUUCGCUCUCAGUAAUGCCACCGUAGAACCAAAUCCACAGCCUGGCACUCCACUGGCAGCCUGCGGUACAUGCAGCACAAAGCCACUUCUCUAGUCCUGGUGGAUUCCAGGCAGAGGUGAUGGAGACUGAGACGCACACUGGGUCUCGGGGGCUCUAGCAAGCUGCCCCGCAGUGAAGGAGACACCUUGCAGCAGCCUAUGGCUACUCCCAUCUGUGCAGAGCCCACUUCCUCCCUGAAGGCAGAGUAGAUGCAGCAUGUUGAGCAAGAGGAGGAUGGUGGCCGGUGGAGAUAGACCCGUGUGUCACUCUGGCUCCCGGGGCACACAGUAGGUGAUGAGUUUUCACUAAGAUACAGCUUGAUCUCAGAAGAUACUUUCGGAGUAAAGAGAAGUCCUUUCUGGAGGAGGUGGAGGAUACCCAAGGCCCUUGCUGCCUGCAGCAUGGCUGUAUGGCUGCUGAGUGUUGAGUCCUGCACACUGAAGGCUCGUGCUGGCACAUAUGGGGAGCCUGGAUGAGUCUCAGCACAAUGACAAGUUUGAGGAGUCCAAAUGUCUCAGACCAGACGGCAGCAGAGCCCAGGAUAACGUAGUGAUGGUGCUGGUCAGAAAUUCCACACAGCUCCCACAAUGCAAGGGUCAGGCACAGGAUCUCAGGGAGCGCAGAGAGCAGACUACUUUCCAUGUAAGUUUCUGCUUCGAGCUAAACUACUGGCCAACACCUGACACCAGGCUCCUCCCAUGCACACUAAUCAGAGGAACCACAGCCCAUGGCUACCUCUGGCCAGGUCAGUACCCAGGGCAAGCAGAAAGCAGCCACACUUCCCAGUUCCAGCUUGUUCCUGCACCCUGGCCAAACAGGUCCAGUUCAGACAGCCCACAGGGCUACCCUCAGGGAGGCGAGACAAUGCUGAGAGCCCAGAGUGCUUGGAGGCCCAGCCACGAGCAUCAGUGAACAUUUAGGGAGAUGAGAGGUUCUGGGGUGUCCUUUCUGGUUAGAGUCUUGGUUGCACUCCACAGACCUCCAAAGCCCUUGAAUGGCUGGAUAGUUCCAUACAUUUGCACCUGCCUUGCUCCAGAUGUCUCUUGGCUGCUUGUUUUUUCCUCUCUCUAACCUUCCUCAAGAGGAUGUGGGACAUUACACUCUUCCUCCAGCUUAAGCUCAGUUUUACUUCCUGCGGUCUUCCCACGAUUGCAGCCUCUGGUCUCUGUGAUCGACUGACGGCCACACAGGCCACUUCUUGACACCAUGGAGCUCUGUACCAUCACGUCACCAUCACAACAGGUUAGCAUCCAGACUAGGAAGGGCUUGGGACCCUUAGCUCUGCUGGCUCACUGAGGUCCAGCUCCAAGUCAAGCCCUCACCAGGACAAUCAAAUGUCCCCAAGUGCCAAGAUCUAUCUGUCCUGUGUACCUUGGCCUUUAAGGAAGAGAAAGUAUAGCUGUCGUUGUUAAACUUACCAAACAAAAAUAGCUAAGCUGCAUGCCAGUGUGAAUUCUGGGAGCAUGCCCACAAGACUCAAGCCGUCUCUUCCUAAGGAGCUGGACAAGGCCUUCAUGGCUGCAUGACAACAAGGGGACAGGUAUGCGGCAGGCAGGGAAGCCCUGCGUGGGCAGCUGCAGUCCUCGGUGGCCGAGCGCUCUCCAGACUCUAGCAGACACUGCUCCCGGAGUCUGCUUCUCCAGCCCUCUCCCAGUGUGGCCAGGCUGAAAUGUGUAUCGGGCAGUCUCCUUUGGCUCAGUUCCCUCCUAAACCUCAGACAUACUGGGACUACAUCAAAGUGGGGAGUGGGUCCGUACAUUCCACAGGAGCUGCGCUGUGGGAACACAGGUCAAAGGGUUGCCAAGGUUGUCCGAACAGGCAAGGCCACACACAACUACCUCAUUUCUGGGCUAGCCUGUGCCCAUCCACCACAGACUGCAGGUCAAGAUGCAAACGCCAGUGGCUAGAGAAAACACUUCAGACGGACUCACCCUGCCCUUUGUCCUAACCCUCCUAGGUGCAGAUGGCUCUUAGCUGGAUGCUGGUCCCCAACCCUGUUGACAAUGCCUAUCAGCAUGCUGCUUUCUGUCUACCUUGGUGACCUUGACUCAACUCUGGUGAAGGUCAGCCCAAUACCAGAGCUGUCUCUCCAAGGGUGAUGUCUGAGGAGGCUGUUGAAGAUCCUAUGUCCUAAGGGCACAGUAGCCUUCAGGUUGCAGAUUCCCCUGAACUGUGCAGAAACAGAAACAAGUGCAGCCCGUGGGGUACACUGUGCAGCCCGUGGUUCAACCUUGCCCACCAAAGAGGUUCUGUUCUCUCCCUCUCGGGCCAACAUCCACUUUAGUAGGGAUAUCCCACCAAUUCACCUCCAGCAAACGGCUCUCACAGACCAUUCUGAGUCCACAGGGCAGACACUACUAUCCAGGGUGGGUGAGCAGACACGUGGGUUCAAGCUGAAGACUCAGGGCACAGGGAGCAGCAUCGGGUGGUGUACAGCAUCAUUCCUCCACCAUGAGACCGACACCUGGCAAAUGCUGCUUACAAGACCCGCCAGCCUGAGCACUGCCCUGCUGGGAGCAGCGGUAGCUACAGAAGCCCGGGCAGCUGUAGGCGGCAGGACCUACAGCUGGAGACAGGUCCACAGACAACACCUCACACUCAGUGCUCUCUGGGCUGGCACUCCUGAGCCUGCUGUUGCCCACGGGUCAGCUUCCCUCCCAGCAGGCCAAUCCUGAAUGCUCUAGCUGGAGCCUACUGAUUGCACCAUUGAGCAUUCCCCCAAAGAAGAGCCACCCAGAUGACCUGAGGACUGUGUGCUGAGCUUCCCGUGGCCACGACUGGUGUAGAUGCCUUUUUGUGACCGAGUCAACAGUCUUCAUCUGCUUGACCUUUUCCUGAUCUUUCUUUCCUCUUGGUGCAUGUAAACCACCCAUUAAUGCGACUGCUCUGCGGAUAAGGAGGGGCUGUUAACUGAGUUACGUCACUGGCACAGUGGCUGCUCUUGCCUUGGCCUCUUUAGUUGGAAACAGCUUGGUUAAUCAAAAACUGGAAACAAAUCCUCUCUAAUGAAUGUAACUUUAAAUCAGAUUUCACACCUGAAGCAAGGGACACUCACGAUUCAGAAUUCUCUGCUCCUUUACUUAAUAAACUCAUUUGAAACCACA